UUAAUCGCCUAGGAAAAUAUAUAACAGAACGUGUAGACUGCCUAAAGGAUAACAUAGACGAAUUACUUGCUAUGAGGCAUUGCAAUAGUAGCAAAAUAUCCAUAAAUAGUUCAUCCGAGUCUAGUUCAUCUGAGUCAACUUCAUCUGAAGAUUCUCAAGAACUUGAAGAGAAAUUAUACUCUGCUCUCAGGGGUCUGGAAGACCAG